CCCACUUUGAUGACAGGAGACCAGACAACAACAGAGAGUAAAAGUUUUAUUCCAGCAGCUGAUUCUGAAACAACGAGAAGACUAAAGGAUAUUGAAACAGCUUUAUCAUCCCUUCAAGACACAAAACAAAAGACUGAAGAUGACAUAUCAGAAAUAAAACAAUGGAGAGACAACUUUGUAGCAGAACAAAGUGAUAUGGGGAUAAAUAUUGACAAUUUGUCUAAAAAACAAAAACAAAAUUUUAAAAACAUUAGGAAACAAAUACAUGAAGAAGAUAGCAGAAUGCAUGAGUUGAAUAACGAAAUAAAAAUUGUAAAAGAAAGAGAAACAAAGACGGAUAAAGCAAUAGAGAAACUGUUUCUAGAUCUGAGAGAGUUCAAAAUCCACUUACAAAACAUUAAUACAGAGAUGCAAGCUAAUACAGAAAAGAUAGAAAAUUUUACACAAGAAUUUAAAAAACAUUAUGAUUGGAUAUCUACUGUGCAAGAAGAAGGAACGAAGCAUCAUGUUGUAAUAUGUAAACUUUUACAACAAAAAUUUAUUCCCAUUGACAAAAUGAUUCAAACAUAUAAUCAUAAUUCUAAGUGUAUGGAGGGAAGACUGAAGAAGGUAAAAUAA